AACUAUCCAGCGGCACCACAAGCGCGUUCCAUCACGGCCUAAGCGAAAAAAGAAGAACACGAUGUUUAUUGUCAACAACUUCCAAAGAGAGAGAAGUAGAAGGCUCCAACAAACAGUGAUCCAACCCAAGCGGGAGCUUAAAUACCUGGCGACUCUCUUAGGAAGGUUGGGUUUAUCAUGGCGGAUGGCGAUAACUUUGACUUUCCUCCUGAUCUGAUAGAGGCGCUGGCAGGACAGCCGCUGUCUUAUCUGCUACCUGUUCGAGAUUUAACCAAGUAUUUGGUGCCUUCGAAUUAUACCGCUGUGAUUCCAGAUGAGACUUCUGCGCCAGAGUAUAUGGCCUACUCACGACAGAAGCAUCUACUGGAGUCUGACGAUGAAAAGUGUUCUGGGCUAAGGAAUAGGGCCGAGUCUUUCCUUAACCUGGCGAACGAGGUGAAAUCCAUGACUUUAGAGGUUGGGAAUCUGUUUCCAAUAGACGAGGCCAAGAUAGCCGCCAUACCAGCUGGGACUAAUACAUCUUACUCACUGUUUGAUGGGUUGAGAGGCGUGGCAAAGGGUGUUGCCUGUAAUGUUCCUUUGAUCUCUGUUGAAGGAGAGAUUAUAGCAUCGGAAGAGAAACGUGAGGAGUAUAUGCGACAGAAUCAACACCAUCAGCGCAAGGAGGGUCCUGAACAGCAGCAACACCCUCAUGAGAAGCAUUUACAUCAGCAACAUAUACAACAACAGGCUCUGCAAAUAGCCACGUAUGUGCCUGUACAUGGUGACGAAGCUCAGCGGACUAGGAUUGUGCCUGUGGCCCCUAAGGAGGGUGUCAUGAAUACACAGGCACAGCCUGGUCCAAUUCACAAUCUUGGCCCACCGGCUUCUAAUGGCUCGAUACCGACACUUCACAAUACAGCUCAAACGCAACCGAGUGGACCGCAAGGACAUACAAUACAACAAACGCAAAUAUCAUACAACAACCUGCCGAUACAACAGGCUCAUGCCACAUUUUCAGAUGUCGGAAGCUUCAAUCCAAGUGGGUCACCUCAGCAUGCGAUUACUACACAUAAUACUCCUAAUAUACUGCAGAAGGAGGCAUACUUCGCAAAUGGGUCUCAUCAGGGAUCAGAAAGUACUUCAGUGCACUCUUCAACUAGUAUACAGACAGCUGCAGCAUCAACUUCACCUUUAAUGACGACAAAUUCAAACAAAAGAGAUAAUCCACCUACAAUGAACCAAGGGGAACCGAAGAAGAGGAAACCAGAUACAAGCCUGGAACAUCUUGAAAUUGAGAAGCUGGCUCUAAAGCAGUUACUAUUUUUGAUUGAACGAAAAAUAUUUCUGGCAGAUGAAGAUGCAGAGUACGAAUCAAGUGAUAUAUGGCAAGAACUGGAGAACUCGAAAAACAUCUUGAACGAUUCAGUAAUCACCGAGAUUCAUGGCUACAUAACUAAAAUUGUGCCAACAUCCCUGAAGACCGAUAUUCCAUUGAGGAUUCUAGAACGUAUACAGGAGCUAUGCAUGAAAUCUAUCAGGGCCGCAAAUGAAGUAAAUUGGGUUGAUGGUGAGCAUUAUAUCAAAUUGGCUGGUAAUGCGUUGAAAAGCGUUUCACUUCUUUUUGCGGUAUUGAAUAUGCAGAGGGAAGAGAAACAGCUAUACCUCGAUGACUACAUCUUGGAACCACUCACCUUUGUAUACACCUUUACGGAGGAUUUCGUUUUGAAGAGCAUAUCACAAGGGAUGAUAAGCGAUGUUAUCAUACAGCUCAACUCUUCAAUAUCGAAAGUGCUAACCCAAUUGAAUGAUCAACUUGAGAUGAAUUCUCAAAAUGAUACUCUCAUCACCAAAUUGGAAUACUUAUGUAUAACGAUGAUUUUCCAAAAGUGCGAUAGAUUACUAUUGUCAUUAAAGUCAUCUGCGCUCACUAUAUUGAAUACAAUCUUCAAAAUUAGAAGAGAUCAAAGGUCUUUUAUCAUCGAUGAAUUGCUUCUGAACUUCGACAAAUUGCCAACUCACAAGGUGUCGUCAAGAGAUAUCAACUUGGGUGAAGGUGUUCACAUACAGUUUAUUACAAAAGUCAUUAUGCAAUUAAUUGAAGUGUUUACUGUGACUGAAUGUUAUGGUAAUGAAACCACCAUAACAAAAUCUGAGCUCACAGACGAAGAAAUCUCAAGGCGGAGACCAGAAGACCAGCGAUUUGCUAGGUAUGUGAAGGAUGUUAGGGAUGAAAAGAUCCAGUUCUGUACGACAGUUGCGUCUACUCUUGUCUCAAAGCUAAUCAGUUCAACUUCCUUCAAAUCUAUUCUUGAACUCUUUAUCACAGAUCUUUUGAAUAUUGUUACACGACCUACAUUCACAGGAGCAGAAGCACUUCUUUGUCGUUUUCUGGAAAUAUUAGUAAGUAACACGGAGGGUCAGUCAGCAGUAGUUGAAACUAGCCUUUUGGAGAUUCUUGGAAUGAUUGGAACUGCCAUGUUGGAAAUUAGAGGGGCAUGUGACCUGCCUUCGAAAUCCAUGGGCGACCUAAAGGAGCAAUACACAAUGGUUGCAAACUUCUUGCAAGGAAAGAAGAAUAAUCACCAAAUGCAAACAGCAUCAAGUGUUUUCAUGAGUGAAUGGAUAAUCAAACUAAUGGAAUCUCUUAAUUUCUUUGAGAAGGAUUUGGGAGAAGAUCAGAGUGAUGAUUAUCUGACUCUAAUGGGUAUAAUUGGGUAUAACAAUGGUGGAUCCAACGAUUCGAUUGGGAUUCAGCACAAAGAGAUAACGGCUGUUCUUGCAACAGAAGAAUACAAGAAAAUUCUUCAACAAUCCAAGUUUGUAUCUCUCUAUCAAAACUUCUUGAACCAUUUAUUAAAGGCAGUUGAUCAUCCGAAGAUCAAGUCGAGAACCAGAGCACUCAAAAAUUUAUCGAUGUUGAUCGAGAGAGAUCCCCGCGUGAUUUAUAUACCAUCAGUGAAGCAAACGUUGUCAAAUCGAAUCAAGGAUCCAUCUUCAUUAGUGAGACUUGCAGUGUUGGAUAUCUUUGAUCAGUACAUUUUGCAAAAACCGGAAUUGAUUGGCGACUUUUAUAAAUCGCUCAUCUUGACCGCUGACAAAUCGACGGCUGUUAGAAAUAGGUCGAUCAAGAUAGCUAGACGGAUUUUCAAUGACAGCUCAGAUACUGCAAGCAAGGUGUUCCUAUUGCAAAAGAUCUUGAGAAGGAUUGACGAUGAUGAGGAAUCUGUCGUUGAGUCUGCCAAAGGAACUUUGAUGGAUAUUCUAUUCCUAGGACCGUCUUAUAAGUCAAACCAAUCAGAAUCCAAACUCAAGGAUGAAUGUAUGAAACUCAUGCUGGUGAUUGGAAAGCUGGUUGAAAAGAGCACUUCUGAUUGGGAUUUGUUCGAAAAGUUCUUAUUUGAGGAUAUAAUCCAAGCUAACGAUGAAAACAAGAGAUUUCACACAGAGCUUCUCCAAGUAUGUCAAGUCAUGACGAUGUGUCUUGUGUCAUACACUGUUGAUAAUGUCGAUACAGAGAAACAGAACAAUGUGGAUACCUGUCUUGGGUUACUUUCAAUCUUCACUAAGUCUGACGUUCCUUUUAUCAGCCAAGAUCAACUUAUGUCUCUUCUUCCCUACAUCACUGCAGACACGACAGCUACAGCUGCUACGUCGUAUUAUUCAUGGGUAAUCUUGAGGAAUUCGUUAAACCACCUAUCUUCUCUGCGAGAGUCGUUCUUGAAGAGUGCGCAAACGUCUGUAUUGAAACGACUAACAAAGUUAAAUACAAGGGAGUUAGAAGUAGCUAUGCCUGCAGUAUGGUCUUUAUCAGUUAUGCUCAACGACACAGUGAAGAUUGCAAAUGCUGCUUGUUCCUGCUUGUCAUUGGUUCUACCGUUUGUUGACCUUGUCUUGGAGAAUAUGCUCAUUGAUGUUGACCACAAACUUAUCAGAUUACUCUAUUUACUCGGUGCGUUUGGAAAGUACUGUGACUUGGAGAAAUAUAGAGAUAUAUUCGUCAAACAUAGGCUUGGGAUAAAGCCGAAAGAAACUGUUUUCAGCUUGAUCACAAAGGUAAUAAUGAUAUUCACCAAAUCUAAUGUGAAUCGUGAUAUCAGAAAGGCAGCACUCCGAAAUUUGAUUCAUUGUGCAACAACUCAUUCUAAACUUUUUUUAAAUGACAGGGUGUUGAAUGUUAUGGAUACUGAGCUCUUGCAGAACGAUGAUGUUCCGCUCAAAAGCUUCAUUUUGCAAGGUGUGCUUGAAUUUUUGGAGAAAGAGGAAAGUGAUUCCCUUAAAGAAAAUACUAAUACUGCCAAAGAGAAACCAGAAAAAUCUAGUUUGAUGGCUGACAAUCAGAGAAUAAACAACAAUGAGGAUAUCUGUGCCUCUCUUGCUAACAGAUACUUACAGACUGCGAUGAGCUUGUGUACGUCUGGUUCGUCUGAUGCAGAUGUAUUCACUGGGGUUAAGUUUUUGAAGUAUGUGGUACGCAUGGGAUAUGGAAGUCCAAUGGCAUGUAUUGGACCAGUUAUCAAUCUUCAGUUAUCAACCAAUCCUUACAUUAGAACAGUGGGACAAGGUCUUCAUAGGGAACUUCAUGAAAAAUACGAACCGUUAGUUGAGAACACUUACGCACAUAAUCUUUUCGGUGCUUUCAAAAUCUCAUAUUCGACGUCGAAAGAGCACUGUCUUGAUGAAUCAAUGAUUAUUCACAAGUUUUAUAAGAUCUUUGAAGAAUCAAAGGGGGCAAAGAGAAAAUUCUUGAAACAACUUCCGAAGACAGUUGAUCUCAAGCGUUUUCAAGACUGCGAGCAGAUGCAGUUAAUGGAGUAUUACGUUGCUUUUCUCUCAAAAAAUCUUCUUGAGUGUAAAUUCACGAUGAAUGAAGAUGUCUACACGUUAAUUCAUGAGUUCGAGCUUGUUGUGCAAUACAAUGCACUGAUUUUGAAAACCGAAAUGGAUCGGAUGGCAGAUAUUAAAGAUCAACAACAAGUUGAUGCAUUAGGUUAUUAUGCCUCUUCGAUAUUGAUCUUGAAUGAUUUUGUCAACACAUUGCGUCGAAAUUAUAGAUUGAAUCAGAAGAAUAUCAAUCCUGAUGAACUGAGCUCAACAAAGGUCAAAACCAUCAGCGACCAAGCUUCGAUUAACGUCUCGUUAUAUUACAGCGGGGAUGGUGCAAAUAGUGUUGUUUUCCAAAGAGCCAAAGAACAAGUGUUCCUAUUGUUGUGAAUGGCGUACUAUCAAUAUAGGAGAAUGAAUUUGC